UGGUUACCUGUCAAAUUCAGUCCACAGUCUCUUGGUCAUCCCCUGUACUGUCUGCAGUCUCUGGUCAUCCCCUGUACUGUCUGCAGUAUCUUGGUCAUCCUCUGUACUGUCUGCAGUCUCUUGGUCAUCCUCUGUACUGUCUGCAGUCUCUUGGUCAUCCCUUGUACUGUCUGCAAUCUCUUAGUCAUUCCCUGUACUGUCUGCAAUCUUAGUGAUCCCCUGUACUGUCUGCAGUCUCUGGUCAUCCCCUGUACUGUCUGCAGUCUCUGGUCAUCCCCUGUACUGUCUGCAGUCUCUGGUCAUCCCCUGUACUGUCUGCAGUCUCUGGUCAUCCCCUGUACUGUCUGCAGUCUCUGGUCAUCUCCUGUACUGUCUGCAGUCUCUGGUCAUCUCCUGUACUAUCUGCAGUCUCUGGUCAUCCCCUGUACUAUGUCUGCAGUCUCUGGUCAUCCCCUGUACUAUGUCUGCAGU